AUGCUCUCAAUCAGCAAUCGUAGCAUAUCCCAUCUAGCUGUGCGCCUGGCCCCCGAAAAGGUCCGCUCUGGCUCUGCUGAUUCUACUGCUCCUAACCGUUGGACACCGAACGCGAUGUCUGCCCGCCCGCUCCCGCCCUUCCUGCCGGACAGCGUCGAGUCAUUCCGUGACCAUGCCCCGGAACACCUAGACGAUUGGUUCGAAUACUUCCGGAACGUUUAUACCUACGCCGAGAACGCCCAGAACCGUAUAUCCCAGCUGGAGAAUGAGACCCAGAACAUGAAGGAUAAACAUCAAGGACUCGAACAAUCCCUGCAACAAAUCACCACUGAGCGUAACUUUGCCCGAGCCCAGCUCGAGUACACUGAGCAACAACACGAGAAGGCCCUAAAGAGGAAGGACGACGACAUCUUCGAGGCCCGCCUCGCCGAACGUCGCGCCCUCGAUGCCACCCGACCUACCGUACCUACUAUCCGUGAACCCCCGAGACUAGCGCUCCCGCUGAGCUUCGUGUAG